UGACCAGACACAACGACCAAUCCACCAUUUUCUCAAGCCAAAAACGACGACGUGGCCCCGCCCCUGUUUAUGACGCAACGACGCACUCUGCCCUUACGUAGUACAUUCGGCACGGGAUUGUCUGCUCCCGCAUACUGAGAGGUCGCCAUGUCUAAAGAGCAACAGACCCCCCGUGAGCCCGAGCAGCUCCGCAAGCUGUUUAUCGGGGGUCUCAGUUUCGAGACAACAGAUGAGAGUCUCCGGGCACAUUUCGAGCAAUGGGGAACCCUCACAGACUGUGUGGUGAUGAGGGACCCAAACACCAAAAGGUCGAGGGGUUUUGGGUUUGUGACUUAUAGUUCAGUGGAUGAAGUCGACGCAGCAAUGGACGCUCGCCCGCACAAAGUGGACGGAAGAGCCGUCGAACCCAAGAGAGCCGUAUCUAGAGAAGACUCGAGCAGACCAGGUGCUCACUCCACUGUUAAAAAGAUUUUUGUGGGUGGAAUUAAAGAAGACACAGAUGAGGAACACUUGCGCGAGUACUUCAUUCAGUUCGGCAAAAUUGAGGAGGUGAACAUCAUGACAGAGAAAAACAGCGAUAAGAGGAGAGGCUUUGCCUUCGUCACCUUUGAUGACCAUGACUCUGUUGACAGGAUUGUCAUUCAGAAGUACCACACAGUGAAUGGACACAACUGUGAAGUCAGGAAAGCGCUUUCCAGGGAGGAAAUGAACAGGGUUUCCAUGAAUCCACGAGGUGGCAGAGGAGGAGGAGGUGGCGGAGGCGGUGGUGGAAACUUUGGUGGAAGAGGAGGAGGUGGAUAUGGAGGUGGAGGAUAUGGCGGAGGAAGAGGAGGUUAUGGAGGAGGAGGUGAUGGGUAUAAUGGCUAUGGAGGAAAUGGUGGCUACGGUGGAGGUGGACCAGGUUAUGGUGGUAAUCGCGGUUAUGGAGGUGGUGGAGGAGGCGGUGGCUACGGCAACCAGGGAGGUGGAUACGGUGGUGGUGGCGGCUAUGACAACUACAAUAAUGGCGGUGGAGGCAACUUUGGAGGAGGCAACUUUGGAGGGGGUGGAGACUACAAUGACUUCGGCAACUACAACAACCAGUCUUCUUCUAACUAUGGGCCGAUGAAGGGAGGAAACUAUGGCGGCGGUGGUGGAGGUGGAAGGAGUGGUGGUGGUCCGUAUGGAGGUGGUUACGGAGGAGGCUCCGGCGGGGGUUAUGGAGGAGGCUCCGGCGGUCGACGAUUUUAAAUUUUUGGGCCACAGUACUUAGAGAAGAGCCAGAGAGACAUGACAGGGAAACGAGAGAAGCAAGCAGGUUUACACCUAGAUCUGCCCAGCCAAGCAGCGUGGUGGCAGUUUUAACGUCUGCCACGCCAAGAGAACUUGUUCAGUAGGGGAGGGGGGAAGAUCAUGUGGGGUGGGACGGGGCAAAAGUACUUCAGUCCUGGAAGACAUUUUCUAGUUUGUAGUUUUCCCCAUUUUUUUUGUCUGUGAAGUGCAAAGCAUUCCAAUGAGGUUUUAUGCAGGGUUUAUUUUCUGUGUUGGCUUUUCUCUUAAACCUUUAGGUUUUCUUUUUUCUGCUUUUUUAUGUAAACAGUCAUCAAUCAAGAUUAAAUAAACCGCUCCAGUCUUUUUUAUUUAAUUGUAUUCGUCAGUGUUUUGAUUUGGGAGAUUCAAAUUGACUCGACCAGUAGCACGAAUAAUUUCGAUUACCCAUACUGUUACCCCAUACUUGCACUGUUCAAAUCUAUGUUUUCUUAGGGUGUUUUCAGACCUGUAGACGUUAUUUCUUUUUGGUUCAGUUUGCUUUCACAUUGACAAAGUUUUAAGAGAGGACCAAAAUUUAUAAUAAAUAAAACUCGUGUGAGAUUAAAGUGUCCUCUCAUUGGUUAGAAAGCACUUGUGUAUGUUCACCUUGAUUCCUCUCGUAGCUCUCAACAGCUGUGGGUUUCCUUGUAUCGUUUUGAUCGCAGCACUGUUUCACCGAGCGAUUAAAGCUCAUCUCUUUGAGAUGCACACUAAACGCCACAUUUUUGUUUUGGUCAGUUGGUCUGAAAUGCGUUUUUCUGACCGUAUUUGCAAAACACAUUGCUGAUUGUAUGUCAUUAUGCAUCAUAUUCAGCCUGGUUUGUCGGUCAGUUUGGUCAGAUUGCUUUCUCACCACAAGCUCCAGAGUUAAUUUGCAGCCGAGACCACCUCAUUCAGGCGGUGUUAUGCUGCGUUCACAUCAGCCGCAGUAGAGGCAUCAACCACGAGUGAUUUCAAUGUUAAGUCAAUGUGAAGACGCGUUGACGUGCGUCUGGAGGUCUCGCGGCGCAAAUGAGGCGUUUAGUGCGGUAGACGCGAUUCCAUCUCAUUAGUUUGUGUGAGUGGAGCGUUGCGGCGGCAAACGCACGAGUUUAAAAAUUUUAACUUUGGCGGAAAAACGCGCCGCGUUAACCAAUCAGGAGCUUGCUCUAAUAGUGACGUGAUUACAGGAUGCGGGUGGAGUCGCAGAAGCCCCUCCCAUGACGCAAUUUUCCGCAUUAAUGUCUCGAUGACUAGAAUUUCACACUGACUUUUUCGCGCGAAUGAAGCGAGUAAACUCAAAAUGUUCAAGCGGCAAACUAGAUGCGAUUUUGACACCUCAAACGGUUAGACCAAGCGUCCUGUGAAUCGAACCAAGGGAGAAAACCGAAAACCUGAAGACAAGGUUCUGAAACUAACACUCAGGUGUGAAAACAUCCUUAGAUUUGUGUCUGGAUUUAAAGGUCACUUAUGCCCAGUUUCACAGACGAUGCUUUAGCUUAGUCCCAGAAUAAAAUAAAUGUUUGAGCUGUCUUGACUGAAAAUGACUUGACAGAUCUUAAGAUAUGUCUGUGUCAUUGUUUUGUCUCAAGAUAUACACCAGUAAAGGCAUUAAGUGACUUAAAUAUCCUAAUUUAACAAAGCCCUGUACACACCAAAAGAUAAUCGGGCUGAAUUUGCACAGAUUUUCCCCCUUAAGACAAUCCUAGAUAUAGUCCCGUUUAUUUUUGUGGUUGAAUCCAUUAUUUAUCAGAUUUUCCUGUGGUGCGCGUUGCGUUAAGAGUGUCUGAAUCUGCUCAAAAGCACGUCGGUAUGUUGAAUAUUUACGAUUAGAAAUCUUGUUGUGUGGGGGAAACCCAGAGGACAAACGCACACACAUGCUAUAGAUUGUCACGUGAAAUGAAACUAUAUCCAAUUAGAAAGCGAGCUGAUGAAAGACAAAACCAUAACAACUACAUGGUGCUAUAAAAAACAGUCUGUUGUAUUAAUUCCAUUUCUUUAUGGCUUUUGUCCGCCAUGUUUGCUUACCAUGAAGUCACAUUUGACUAGAGAGACGUUGUGAGAUCUCCAUGAGAUUUCCUGUGUUCUCUGUUGAGACUCGCGUUGUUUGUGAAGUUAAUCUGAUGGUGCGUGGUGUCCUGUCAUGACCACAUAGCGACAGUCUACACACUAUAGAAACAAACGUGUUAAAUUGUCGAUUUUUUCAUCAGGCUUGUGGUCUAAAAAAAACGAUUAAGAGUUUAAAAAUAUUUUGGUGUGGCCUUAGCUUAAGCCUUGUCUGUGAAAGCGGGCAUUACAGUUUGAUAAGGUAAAGGAAUUAAUGUAACAUUUAGGUCCAAACCCUUCAGUUGAGUUUCAUGUGCAAGUUAGUUUGGUUAAAUUGCACAGUUAAUAAUUUCAACAACAGUCCGAGGUAUUUUUACAUUUCUCGGGGUAGCAUGUUGUUCAUCUUUUUAGACGUAUGAAAUGUCUCCAUGUUUUUACGAAUGGAACUCUAUGAGAGGAUUUUUAGCGACUCUGAACCAGAGGCGAUCUCGAAGGCGUUAACGGUCAGAAUAUCUGAUGAGGUGCCAGCAGAAAUUCUGGCCAUCAGGAGGAGCCAGCUUAAAGUCUAGCCAAAGACAAGAGACUGUUGAGAAGCGAUCCGUGGAAGAGAGGCUAGCCGUUGGGAUGAGCCAGCUGAUGAGAGGCUAGCUUAUUGGAAACGCCAGCUAAGGGAAAGUAGCAAGAUCUUCGCUUGGAGCCAGAGCAGCAGGGGACAGCAGUCUUAUUGAGAACAGAUGUAAGACUAGCGAGCUACCAAAGUAAGGUCUAUAACGUACCAGACUGGUAGGUAAGAGGCGAAUUUGAGUUUCUUGUAUUUCAUGUCAAUUUUUGUGCUCAUCAAAACCGCUGUAAAGAUUUCGUUGCUUGGUUGUUUUCGUGGUUGUGGUGAAACAUGACUUCUGAUCUUGUCCCAGUGACCAAUCUUUAAAUUCUGUAAGCUAUCUAAUUUUGGAUUAUAAAAUAUGCUACGACGUCUUUGUGUCAGUGGUGCAUGUGACACUUAUGACUUAAGACAUGAUAUGCUUUGGUCUCUCAAAAUGUGGUUUUAAGUCCGUGUUGUUUUUUUCAGGCUUGUAAACCGGUGAACUGAUUCCUGUGACGCGUCAAAAAGUUCAAAUACAGCGGCCUGAUGAUCUUAAAGGGUAGAUAAAGACUGCAGCAAGAAUCAAGCAGUCCCUGCAUGAAAAGUUAACAUCUCAAUCAUGGUUUUCAAUCCAAACUGAAGUUUGACAAGUGUUGAUUUUAACUAAUUGUUACUGAAUACUAAAGUGGCACAUCCCUUGUGAUCUGUGUAUUCGUAUUCACACUCAGACAUAUUAGAAACAUGAAGCAUGUCAGGUUUGUUGAAGCGAUUUUAUUGGAGUCAUUUCAGUUGAAAUACUGUACAACAGUGUGCUUGUAUACAGUCGUGUACUGCACAAAGCUGAAAAAUAGCUGCUGGGCAGCAUCAGAAACUUUUGUAUUUAAAUGUUUUAUACAUGAUAAAAGCUUUUUAGCCUUUUAAUAAAAGUUUGAAAAACUA